AUGUUACGCGUGAAGUAUCAUCAGCUACAACGGCAACCCUAUCUUAUUAGUGAAUGUCAUAUAGCUGUUUCUCAUGGAGGACGUGAGAAAACAUUUGGUGAAAUUCAAUCACAUUAUUCGUCGGUACCACGUGUUGCUGUUGAUUGGUUUUUAAAACGUUGCAUUGCUUGUCAGAUUCGAAAACCAGUUAAGCAACAUGUAGUAAGCAAAUCAAUUGUUUCUUUAGGUGUAAUGACACGUUUACAGAUUGAUCUUAUCAAUAUGAGAUCACACCCAGAUGUAAUAACAAUAGAUAUUGUUUAUAAUUGGAUUUUGCAUUGUAUAGAUAAUUUUUCUAAAUUUAGUUGGGCAUUUGCGUUACGUAAUAAAACAGCGGUUGAAGUAGCUUCGAAAUUGAGAGAACUGUUUUUUGUUUUUGGUCCUCCACGUUUGUUGCAUAGCGAUAAUGGCAAAGAAUUUGUUGCUAAUGUCAUUAUUGAACUGAAACAGUUGUUUCCGGAAAUGUGUUUUGUACGAGGUCGUCCACGUCGUCCACAAUCACAAGACUGCGUGGAACGAGCUAAUGGUGUUUUAACUGUUGCAUUGGGUAAAUGGAUGUCAACAAAUAAUUCAGAUCGUUGGUCAGAAGGCCUUUUGCCGGUUGUUUAUGGAAUCAAUACAAGAAUAUCAAGUGCGACAAAAACAACACCAUUUGAAGUCGUGUUUGGACAACCACCGCGUUCGGAUUCAGAUUUUUGGAAAAUUGUUAAAGAACAUAAUGUUGAGGAUGAAGAUCAGUUACCAACAGUUAUUGCUGAAGCUGAUGAUGGAAGAGCUGUUGAUAUAACAAGUUGUACAUUAAAUUCAAAUGAAUUAGUUGAUGAUAUUGAUACUGAUAUAAAUCGCGUUGUUAAAAAAUUAACAGAUGAUGCUGUUGAUGUCGUUUGUAAUUCUGUUACUGAUUUAUCUUCUUCAAAUUCUCAUUCAGAUGUUCUUUCUCAACCUUCAUCAUUUUGUUUAUCAUCUUCUAUAGAUUUGGAUUUGCCAUCAUCAUCUAACUCUCUUCUUGGUUUACAAUCACCACAACGGCACGAUGCCGUAAGAAAACGAGCAACAGAUAGUUAUUUGAAUAUUGUAAAUAAAAAACGCAAAGAGUAUGAUGCACAUUUAAAAACUACAUCGAAAUUGUUAAAUAUUAAUAAUUGUGUUGUAUCAAUUAAUACUUUACAAAAUUCAUACACAGUUGAAAGUUUGAUUGAUUUGAAAGAAGCCUGUCCUGCUGAUUUAAAAGCAAUUGACGUUGAGGAACUUGACGACAUUUCUUUUAUCGAAGCAUGUAAAUUAUACGUUCGUGGUGCUUUAAAUGCAGUAACUUGUGAUUGUAAAUCACAAUGUGCUACUAAACAUUGUCCGUGCAAAAAAUUGAAUGUCGCGUGUUCAACGAAAUGCCAUUCGAAACGAGGACAAUGUAAAAAUAUGCAAUAG